GAUUAAAGCUAGAAACUUUUGGUUUUAAGUAAGUGGCUCUCCCCUCUCUCUAUUCUCUCUCACUCCUCGAGAAGUUUCCGCCGGCGGGAGAUCAAAAACCGGUUGAUCAAAGAUCAGAGAAAUGGGCAUUCGCUUCUCCACAAUCUCGCUUUUGUUUCUGUGUCUCUUUUCUUGGACCAGCUUCCCCACAACAGAAGCUUAUGAUGCACUUGAUCCAACUGGAAACAUCACCAUAAAAUGGGAUAUCAUUAGCUGGACUGCUGAUGGCUAUGUGGCUGUUGUAUCAAUCUUCAAUUUUCAACAAUACCGUCACAUCCAGGCCCCGGGUUGGCAACUAGGAUGGAGUUGGUAUAAGAAGGAAGUGAUAUGGAGUAUGGUUGGUGCACAAGCCACAGAGCAAGGAGAUUGUUCUAAGUUCAAAGGCAACAUUCCUCAUUGCUGCAAGAAAACCCCCACCGUCGUUGACUUGUUGCCGGGAACUCCCUACAACCAACAGAUAUCAAACUGUUGUAGAGGCGGUGUGAUUAGCUCCUGGGCACAAGACCCCGCAACAGCUGUUUCUUCGUUUCAGAUUAGUGUUGGCCAAUCUGGAACUACUAAUACGACCGUUAGAGCUCCUAGGAACGUUACGUUGAAGGCACCAGGUCCUGGUUACACUUGCGGGCCUGCCAAAGUCGUUCCCCCGACCAAAUUCAUUUCUAAUGAUAAACGAAGAAAGACUCAGGCUAUGUUGACAUGGAACAUGACGUGCACAUAUUCACAGUUCCUAGCUCAGAAAACUCCCACUUGUUGUGUCUCACUCUCAGCUUUCUACAAUAAGACUAUCGUACCAUGCCCAACAUGUUCUUGUGGAUGUCAAAAUGGUACAUGUGUCGACCCGAAAAUAGCUUCGGUGGUACCCGCUCUUUCAGGGAAGAACAACCUCCAGCCGCUGUUGCAAUGUACGCAGCAUAUGUGUCCCAUCAGAGUUCAUUGGCAUGUGAAAACUAACUACAAAGAGUACUGGCGUGUUGAGGUCACAAUCACAAACUUCAACUACAAUAUGAAUUACUCGCAGUGGAAUUUGGUUGUUCAGCAUCCCAACUUCGACAAUAUCACUCAGCUUUUCAGCUUUAACUACAAACCUCUUAGUCCUUACUCUGGCAUAAAUGACACGGCCAUGCUCUGGGGGAUCAAGUUCUACAACGAUUUUUUGAGCCAAGCGGGUCCAAUAGGCAACGUACAGUCGGAACUGCUCUUCCAGAAGGACCCGUCAACGUUCACGUUCGAAAAAGGAUGGGCGUUUCCAAGACGCAUUUACUUCAACGGCGAUAACUGCGUUAUGCCACCUCCAGACUCAUAUCCAUGGCUUCCUAACGCUGCUUCAAACUUUGCAACUUCCACAUUCAUUGUACUUCUCAUUACUUUCUUCUCUGUUUUGAUUCUUAUGUAAAUGGAUCACGUUGAAAAUUGUGUGUUUUGACCCGGUUCAUACUUAUGAGAUCAGACGGGAUCCUCUUUGGCUAAUGUAUAAAAAAUGUUAUGCGGCACUCUAUUCAUGUCAAAAAUUCAUAU